AUGACAAAGUCAUCUUCAGAAGAUUGGUCGAAAAAAAUGGCUUCGGGCGGCAAGCCCCUCUGGAUGAGCUCACCGUCUGGAUCUACCACAAAGUUUUCCACAGAUGGCAAGUACGCUAUUGUCCUCAUGACGUACGAGAUCAGAGUAUACUUUAUAGGCACCCGCCAAUGCAUCCGUACUAUUAGUCUUGACUUGCACGGUGUAAUUGAUUCAUAUUUGGACCCCCAGGAUCCAAACCAGCUUAUCCUCUUCAAGAACGAUGGAGAAAUCAUAACUGUUAACUGGAAGGACAAGAUUUCGCAGCCAAUUGUAUCCACUCAACUGGUGGCCCCUACCACGGGCACUUCAAUUUCAAUCUUGUCUAUAGUUUCCGUUCAUAGAGAUUUCCUCUACUUGAUCACCGGAAAGAACACAUCAGCAUCGUCUAACUCUUCAAACUCACCAUCUGCAUCUAUAUCUGCUCACACUCGUCAUAUAAUAAAGGUGAAUAGAGCGUCACAGGAAAUCUACGAGGUCUUGGAAGUGGCCAACGUAACCAAAUAUGCCAUUUCGCUCAACAAAAAGAAGGUGUGCUUCGUUACCAGUAACCACGAAUGUGUCUUGGUUGAUAUGGCCUCAGUCUUGUACGCCAGUGAAGUAGAAGCAGAAGAGGUAGGUGCUGGAAAUGUUUCCAAAGAAGUCAUUCCAUUUGCUUAUAGAUCACCAAUUACCUCUUUGGCUGUCUCAAACGAGUCUGUGGUGGCCAUUGGUACCAUGGCAGGUGCCAUCCAAAUUCUCUAUGGAGGAAUUACUGAAAAUAAAUCCCAAAGAUUGCUAAAGUGGCACAUUGAUCAUGUCAGGUCUUUGCAAUUCACCCCCGAUGGUAGCUAUCUUUUAUCGGGAGGGUUGGAAAAGGUAUUAGUCUUCUGGCAAUUGGACACUGAUAAGACCCAGUUCUUGCCAAGAUUAAAUGGUACCAUUGAAAAAAUAUCAAUUGACAUUAAUAAGCCCGACUUCUACAGCUUGUUGCUCAAAAUUCCAAUCACCAGGGGCUCAGAUAAGGAUGAGAACGACAGCAACAAAAAUAACAGCAACGCCAACGGUAGUAUCAAUAAUGGCACUUUCAACAAUACUAAUAACGAAGAAGAUGACGAAGAGGCCUCCUACGAAGUGCUUGUUGUAUCUGCAGUUGACUUGGUAUCAAGACUUUCUGUGCAUGGUAUCAGACCAAAGUUUGCCAAUAGUAACAUCAAAAGCACCUUAGCGAAGACUAAGAAAAGGUUUUCCAAGUUGAACAACGACUACGACGUUUCUAAAUUGAAGCACGAUUAUUCUUCAAUUUUCGAAGUUCAUCCUAAGACUCAACAAUUAUAUUUCCCAAGAGGUGCAACAAUACAAGGAUACGAUUUGAUAAGAAAUGAGCAGUCGUUUAUUCAAAAUGCUGCUCCAUUACUAACUACUGGUAAAGUGAGAUCAGAAAGUAAAUUGAUAGACCCAGAAAUUUCCAGUUUAUCAUUUUCGUAUGACGGUCAAUGGAUGUGUACAUUUGACACUAUUUCAACUUCUGAAGUGGACAAUUUGAUAUCCAAGAACGACCUGCAAUAUGCAUUGAAAUUCUGGAAAUUCAUUGAUACCAGUAAUACCUCCACAAACACUCCUACUUCAGCAGGCUCUGCCUCAUCUACUGGACACUGGGAACUUUCAACAAAGAUAAUUGAUCCACAUGGUCCUUCCAAUCCUAUAUUGUCGAUUACUGCUGCACCACUGAAUUACCACAAUGGGCUCGCAUUCUUGACUGCUGACAAUAAAGGAGGAUUAAGAAUCUGGAGGCCCAGAAUUCCAAAGGAAAUCUAUCAAAACAUGAAACUGGCAAAUAACAGUAAGCUUCAACAAACAGCAUGGACUUUGAGAAAAUCAAAACCAUCUGGUGCUCUUGUAUCCAAUGCAGUGAGUACAUGUUGGUCUGAGGAUGGCUCGAUUAUCAUAUUGGGACACGAAUGCUCUAUUACUGCAUUCAAUACUCAUACUUUGGAAGAAAUUACCCAAUUCCAAAUUCCUGCGAUGUCUGGUUCAAGAAUCCGUUCCUUGUCUAUUUUAGGAAACUACUUAAUCGUUCUUUCAAAAACAAGAAUCACAAGUUUUGAUUUGCUUUCAGGAACCUUCACGCCAUUGUGUGCAAAGGUUAACACGACUUUGGGGGCUAAAAACUUGAUUGCAAUUGAUAAGAUAAAUGAGUUGGUUUGCUUGGCGGUUAAUUCUUACAAAGAAAACAAAGAAUCAAAUCAACUCGUAAUUAACUCUAAGAUCUUAGUAUUCAAGCCUGACCAAUUAAAACCUGUCUUCAGUGUUCAUCACGACCAAGGUAUUUCAUCCAUUCGUCAAUUCCGCUCACUGUUUAUCUUUGUUGAUUUGAAUAGUAGAGUAGGUGUUGUUUCAUCUUCUACCUUAUCAGCUAAGGAAAAUAUUGAAGGUGAAGAUUCUGAUUUGUCAAAUGACAUGAGUAAGAUGUUGAUCCAAGCACAAGCGGCAGCCGACAUUGUAAAUAGCAGAGCUGUUUCAACUACUUCUAGGUCUGCAUCUACUAGCAAUGUUAGUAAUGGACAUGCUGAUGAAGAAACACAAUUCGACAGAACAAUUGACAUCAAUACCUUUCAACCAAUCUUUGAGAACUUGGAUGGUGUACAAAUCGAUUCUUUGUUUGAUAAAAUUGUUAAAAUUAUUAAAUAG